AUGGGUGAUGAGUUUAGUGUUCACGCACCAUUCGUGGCAUCCAAUAACUUUGAAAUUAAAGCAAGUACAAUUGGCAUGGUCCAGAAUUCGGUUCAAUUCAAUGGUCUUGCAAAUGAAGAUGCACAUGACUACCUCUCCCGGUUCCUCCAAAUUUGUUCUACAUUCAAGAUUAAUGGAGUGUCGGACGAUGCUAUCCGUUUAAGGCUAUUUCCAUUCAGUUUAAGAGACUGGGCAUAUCGUUGGCUUACAUCAUUAUCUCAGGGGUCUAUAAAAACAUGGAAGGAUAUGGUUGAGAAGUUCCUUGGGAGGUGCCCUCAUCAUGGUUAUGCUUCAAGGAUGCAAGUACAAAUCAUCUACAAUGGGUUAAACUAUGCUACUCGCCAACUCAUUGAUGCCGCGGCGGUUGGAUCCCUUAGCAACAAGUAUCCUGAUGAGGCUGAGCAAUUACUUGAGUCUAUGGUUGAUGUGUUAACUAGAAAGCUUGAUCUUUUUAUGGGAAGUAGUUUGAGGUCAGAAUCAGUGAUGAAUUGCAGCACUUGCGGUGGUGGGCAUGGUGCACCCCUAUGUCUGAUUGCUAGCUCCUCUAUUGCUUCCAUAGAGAAUGUUGACUACAUUGGGGGACAACGAAAUCAAGGGAACCCGUAUAGCUCAACUUACAAUCCGGAGUGA